AUAAACUUGUUCGCAUAGAAGUCGCAAAGCCAAGAACCGUUGGAGGGCUACGGAUAAUAAACCAUAGAUGGUUUGCAUAUGGAAGUGUAGAUUGACUACCUAUUAACAGUUCAUAUCACCCCAGUGAUCAGGUCGAUGGUACUUCGAAGGUUCCAAGUCAAGUCAUCAGAUCGAUGUUACGCUACGGCCGUCGCCUACCAAUCCAUGAAGAUAAGCAUCCAACUAUAUUAAUUAUGGAAGAAUCAGAAUCAUCAUCUUCAUCUUCAUCUCCGAUGUCUGGGCAGACGCAGAUUCCCAUCAACGUUGAGAUGGGUCAGAUGGGCAACGCCGCGCCACACCAGCAAAGGAACCAAGAAGAGACAGCGCCACAGCCACAGCCGCAGCCGCAGCAGGACCAUGGCUGGGAUCACAACGACAGCAACACUCUGUUGGUGGUGGCGACGCUCAUAACCGCGCUCACCUAUCAGUUGGGAACCAAUCUCCCGGGCGGGUACUACCAAGAUGACAGCAACGGGCACGAGGCCGGCGACUCCAUCCUGCGCGACAAGCACCGCAAGAGGUACUGGAUUUUCAUGACGGCAAGCUGGGUGGGGUUCGGCAACUCCAUGCUCAUGACGCUCGCCCUGCUCAUUGGUGUGCCCGUCGCCUCCCGCCUCGUUCGCUUGCCCUUCGCCGUGGCCUACUCCAGCCUUGUGCUCGCCUUCAUGUCGUCGCAAGCCAAUACCUGGUUGGUCAUGGACCUCCUGAUCUGGGUCUUCGUCCUCGUCCUCCUGUGCGCGGCCAUUAGUUUUAGGAACAGGGAACCGCUCUGGCCAGCUGCCGUCGACAAGAUGAGAGCCUGUUUCUUUCACCUGUGACCGAUUACUUGAGUGUGUUGCUAUUGUAAUUGCUCUGAAUCGAUUAACCCAUCCGCCAUAUUAUCGUC